UGCUUUAAUUUCUGUUUUAAAGGUAAAGUGGAAUUGCAUGGGAAAAUCAUGGAAGUUGAUUACUCAGUCUCUAAAAAGCUCAGGAGCAGGAAAAUUCAGAUUCGAAACAUCCCUCCUCACCUGCAGUGGGAGGUAUUGGACGGACUUUUGGCUCAGUAUGGGACAGUGGAGAAUGUGGAACAAGUCAACACAGACACAGAAACUGCCGUUGUGAACGUCACAUAUGCAACAAGAGAAGAAGCAAAAAUAGCCAUCGAGAAGCUAAGCGGGCAUCAGUUUGAGAACUACUCCUUCAAGAUUUCCUACAUCCCGGAUGAAGAGGUGAGCUCCCCUUCGCCCCCUCAGCGAGCCCAGCGUGGGGACCACUCUUCCCGGGAGCAAGGCCAUGGUCCUGGGGGCUCUUCUCAGGCCAGACAGAUUGAUUUCCCGCUGCGGAUCCUGGUCCCCACCCAGUUUGUUGGUGCCAUCAUCGGAAAGGAGGGCUUGACCAUAAAGAACAUCACUAAGCAGACCCAGUCCCGGGUAGAUAUCCAUAGAAAGGAGAACUCUGGGGCUGCAGAGAAGCCUGUCACCAUCCAUGCCACCCCAGAGGGGACCUCUGAAGCAUGCCGCAUGAUUCUUGAGAUCAUGCAGAAAGAGGCUGAUGAGACCAAACUAGCUGAAGAGAUUCCUCUAAAGAUCUUGGCCCACAAUGGCUUGGUUGGAAGGCUGAUUGGAAAAGAAGGCAGAAAUUUGAAGAAAAUUGAACAUGAGACAGGGACCAAGAUAACGAUCUCAUCCUUGCAGGAUUUGAGCAUAUACAACCCUGAAAGAACCAUCACUGUGAAGGGCACAGUUGAGGCCUGUGCCAAUGCUGAAACAGAGAUCAUGAAGAAGCUACGUGAGGCCUUUGAAAAUGAUAUGCUGGCUGUUAAUCAACAAGCCAAUCUGAUCCCGGGGUUGAACCUCAGCGCACUUGGCAUCUUUUCAACAGGACUGUCCGUGCUGCCUCCACCAGCAGGGCCCCGAGGAGCCCCCCCCGCUCCCCCCUACCACCCUUUCGCUACCCACUCCGGAUACUUCUCCAGCUUGUACCCCCCUCACCAGUUCGGCCCGUUCCCACAUCAUCACUCAUAUCCAGAGCAGGAGAUUGUGAAUCUCUUCAUCCCCACCCAGGCUGUGGGAGCCAUCAUCGGCAAGAAAGGCGCGCACAUUAAACAGCUGGCCAGAUUUGCCGGGGCCUCCAUCAAGAUCGCCCCAGCGGAAGGCCCAGACGUCAGCGAAAGGAUGGUCAUCAUCACCGGCCCACCUGAAGCCCAGUUCAAGGCCCAGGGACGGAUCUUUGGGAAACUAAAAGAAGAAAACUUCUUUAACCCCAAAGAAGAGGUGAAGCUGGAAGCCCACAUCCGAGUGCCCUCCUCUACGGCCGGCCGCGUCAUCGGCAAGGGCGGCAAAACCGUGAAUGAACUACAGAACUUAACCAGUGCAGAAGUCAUCGUGCCUCGUGACCAAACGCCAGAUGAAAAUGAGGAAGUGAUUGUCAGAAUUAUUGGGCAUUUCUUUGCCAGCCAGACUGCACAGCGCAAGAUCAGGGAAAUUGUACAACAGGUGAAGCAGCAGGAGCAGAAAUAUCCUCAGGGAGUCGCCUCACAGCGCAGCAAGUGAGGCUCCCACAGGCACCAGCAAACAACGGAUGAAUGUAGCCCUUCCAACACCUGACAGAAUGAGACCAAACACAGCCAGCCAGAUCGGGAGCAAACCAAAGACCAUCCUGAGGAACGCGAAGUC